AUGUUACCCACCCGACGUCUUCCCUCACUGCCUAGAGGAUCUCCCGAUGCGCAGACUCUCGACGCUAUCAUGUACGCUGAGCGCGAGACCGCUCAAGUCAUCGCCGAAUACCUCCAGUACAGCGUAGUGGCCGUACCUUCGCCUGCCACUGUGCGAUUGGCGUCGACCACGCUAUUCAAGAUCCUGGAGGUGUACCACGAUCUUCAGGUAGACCCCGACGCUGCAAUUCCUCCAAUUACCAACGUUGUUGUCGACUUCCUAGACGAAACCCCCAACAAGGCUUUGCUGUGCGAAAUGCUUUCCCAUCUAAUCGGCCAAUUGUAUCUCGAGCGUCCUUUCUUCAGUCCUGAUGUCGAGUAUCGGAUCCUUGCAGCUCUCUUGACUGCGUAUUGCAGUCCUUGGGCAUCGGACGGCCCUGCUCGCCAAGACCUUGAGCACUUCUUCGAGGAUUAUGCCGCACGAUCCUCCCUGCAUCAACGGAAACUGGCCGAUGCAAGCAGUGUAGCGUUCCUCAACGUGGCAUCUAUUGAAUGCCGGCUUGGAAGUCGGCAAGCCAUUCAAGCCCUCCUUCCUCCGUUAAUUCGAUGGACUUCGCCAGUACGCGCGGUACGCGAGUGGGUCAAUCUUCGUCGUGGACGGUAUAAUCCCCACAUCCUUUUGGGCAUGAAUCUGUUCGCGCUGAUGCACCAUCUCGUGAAUACUUAUUCCGACAGUCUUGCUCUCGCGUGCCGACUUUUUGUGCGACUGGAGGUAGACUGCACCUCUGACGACGGUACCGUUGUGGGUGCAGCGGAUGUUCAGGUCUUGGCGAAUAAUCUGCGCGGCAUAUUGAACACCGUGGUGUCGUCGAACCUCAGGCAUCAUGUUCAGGUAGAACUACUUCGCCACCGAGCCCUGUACUAG